ACAGGGGUGGGGUAAAAGGCAACGUCAGAAGAUCCGAACUCCCGGAGAGAGCAGCAGGGAGCAGAAGGCACGGUCUCCCCUUCUAGUCCCGGGGUCAGGCUACAGUCAGGACUUACCCCUCACCUACUGACAGGAUGCUGCAAACAGCCUAUGAAUACUUCUGGUGGCAUCGGCUGUGGUUGCCGGUGAACCUCACCUGGGCCGACCUUGAAGACAAGGAUGGUCGCGUAUACGCCAAAGCUUCCGACCUGUACAUCACCAUCCCCCUGGCGUUCGUGUUCCUCAUAGUACGAUACUUCUUUGAAAUUUAUGCUGCCACUCCACUGGCCAGGCUACUGGGAGUAAAAGACAAGGUGAAGCUGCGAGCGGCCCACAGUCCGGUGCUGGAGACCUUCUACACAAGCUGCUCAAAACAUCCCAAACAGAGCGAUUUGGAGAACUUAUCAAAGGCCAGUAAGUUCACUGUGCGCCAGGUGGAAAGAUGGUUUCGGCGGCGAAGAAACCAGGACCGUCCGAGUUUACAAAAGAAGUUCAGAGACAUCAGUUGGAGAUUCACCUUUUAUCUUGUUGCUUUCAUUGCUGGCAUUGCAGUCCUGGUAGACAAGCCCUGGUUCCAUGAUCUCCAUGAAGUUUGGAAUGGUUUCCCUAAACAGACCAUGUUGCCCUCACAAUACUGGUAUUAUAUGAUAGAACUGGGCUUCUACUGGUCUCUCCUGUUCAGAGUGGCAUUUGAUGUCAAGAGGAAGGACUUCAAGGAGCAGGUCAUCCACCACGUGGCCACUAUUAUUCUGAUUAGCUUUUCAUGGUGUGCAAACUACAUUCGAGUUGGCACAUUGGUCAUGGUCAUUCAUGAUUCCUCAGACUUCUUCUUGGAGUCUGCCAAGAUGUUUAAUUAUGCCGGCUGGAAAGAGACCUGCAACAAUAUAUUUGUAGUCUUUGCUCUUGUGUUCAUCAUUACAAGGAUUGUAAUUCUACCUUUCUGGAUUCUGCACUGCACCUGGGUCUACCCCAUAGAGAUUUACUCGCCCUUCUUUGGAUACUAUUUCUUCAACGCCAUGUUGUGGGUACUCCAGUGUCUGCAUACUUUUUGGGCUUACCUCAUUCUCGGCAUGGCACACAAGUUCCUGACGGGCAAGUUGGAACAAGAUGAGAGAAGUGACCAAGAUGAAACCGAUAUCCCAGAGGAAGAAGACGAGGAACCCACCAAAAAUGGGUCUGUGUCCAAUGGUCAUUCAGUGCAUAACAACAGUCACCACAAAGCGGAUUGACCUCGGACCAGACGUGAGGCUGCUUCAUCCUCUGUUCCUUUCCUGAGGAUGUAAUACUAACUAAUGCCCUUUCCCUGAUUAGCACUACUGAAAUUCCUUGCCAUCAUCUCAAGAAAGGACUCCUAAGAACAUCUCAAAGACAACACGGGUCCACCUUCCUACUGAGCCUUGGGACAUGGAUCACUGGAGCUUCUCCGUGAAGACAAUUUUAAACACGUUGAUGGCUUUUUACUAUGAAAAUGAUCCCUCCCCCAAAUUUAUCCAUAAUUCAGUGCAGCCACAUAAAGCCCUCUCUUCUUUUCACCCCUAAGCCAAAAGUACCUGCUGCUUGUCUGUUGUUGGAGAGAAGGUCAAGUGGACACCAAAGAUCCUUUUCUGUGAAGAUAGCUUGUUUUCGCCUCUUGUAAACCUGUGAUGCACAUUCCAGAGAUGACUUUGUUCUCAAAUUACUACGUACAUUGACCAGAGAACAUAAGUUGAAUGACCUGGAUAGAGCUGUGAAGGUGUUUGUUUUUUUUCCUUGCCAGAUGAUGUCCAGUUUUGACAUCCAUCACCAUUGUUGGAUGGGUUGAUCAUAGAAUGUUUCUUGGUAGAUUGGUGCACCAUCUUUUUCACCUGGGUCUACCAUUUAGAGGUGACAAUCAAUGUGAAUAUACUGCACAUUCUACUUGUUGGCUGGUGAGAGAACUUCCUUGUCUGUUUUGCUUUCCAUAGUCCUGAUUGUUUAAUAGCAAACAUUUAUUUAUUUAUUACUGAUGUUGAUUUCCUUUCCUGUUAAUAUCGCUCUACUACAGAGCAAUCAGUCGUCACCUAGAUUUACAGAUUAUCCCUGGACUG